CCGUUGGACUCUUCUCAAAUUCAAAAUUUCAUAAGUCUCCCUCUCGAAUUCUCUCUCUUACAUUCUGCAAUUUUCUUUGAAUUCUAUCAAUGUCCAUGAUGAGAUCAGAUCGCAAGCCACCACUCCCUAGAUCUCCUUUGCGUCUUCAUCCUCGUCGCGUUCUUCGCUCCACUGAGAACACCAUCCAAACUCCUCUCGCAGGUUCUUUGAGGAAAACCCAAUUACUGAAUCGAUCUUUGUACACCAAAGAAUCAGAGAUUCGUCCCGAAUACAACUCGAUUUCUGUCGAAUUACAGGCAUUGACGAAGAUGGUACAAGACGAAUUCGAAAACCCAGGUUCUAUCAAUGUUGGGUUUGGUAAUUCAAUCAGUGCAACUUCGAGUAGUGUGUUUGAAAGGGGUAGGUUUUACGAAGAGUACUCUGCAAGAAGGAAUGAGAGGCUGAAGAGAAAGAAGGGUGAAACAGGGGAUGAGAAGAAGAAGAAGACUGUGUACGAUCUUGGAGUCAAAGUUGAAUCUGCGAAGAAAAGGGAUGUGAAAGGAUUGAGAAAAUCGGUACUUUCUACACCCAUGGCGACGAUGGAUCGGAGAGAGAAUCAGAGGUAUUUUCUGAGAAGUAGCAUUAAGGAAAACAAGAAACCUCCUUUGCCUGUGAAUUCUCAGAAAUCUGAGCUUGGUGGUGAUCGGAAAAUCGUAGCACGAAGGGUUCUGAAAAGCUGAUUUUUCUUGAAUCUGAACUG